CUGCCUGCUCGGACAGAACGCGGGCCCUGCAAACUGGCCCAGCGCCAGUCGCCUGGUCGAGGCCGCUUGCAGCCAGCUCUGCCGUCUCCACCCAGCCACAGCCCGUGUCGGUGGGGUCCCAAAGACCCGGUGGUCCCUGGUCCUCACCGACUACGUGGCCAUCAGAGAGGCAGUGCUGGUGUGCCCGCGUCUGAUGGCUCAGACCACCAUCCAGCUCUUUGAGCUGAAUCAGAGGACCCUGUCUCAGUGGUUCUCACGUCAUCAGAAGGCCUGGGAGAGGACUGUGCUGGAGCAGGGAACUGGCAUCGUCUCUGCUCCAGCAGUAGCAGAUGAGCCUCUCCCUGCUGCCAAAGGGCUGUCCCUGGUGCAGGUGGGACAGGGACAGCCAUUCGUGUUCCCUGGACCUGAGGAGCAGCCUGGACCAUCAGCUGGAGGUCAGCCAGCCCCUCCUCCUCCUCCUCCUCCGCCGCCUCAUCAGCAUCCUCCUCCUCCUCCGCCGCCUCAUCAGCAUCCUCCAGCCAUCGGCUCUGCUCCUGCAGCCGCUCCUCUUCCUGGACUGACUCGGCUGCCGAGGACGACGGCUUACAGGAAGAGGAAGGCAGCCGAGGCGGCUGCUGCGGCUGCUGCUGCGGGAGAGGGCCCUCCACCAGGGACUAAAGCCCGCCGGCAGACUGCACAGUACACCUGCAGUAAGUGUGGCCAGCUCAAACGGCUGGACACUGGCCACACACGCAUUGCGGGUGUGUCGUACUGUGCAGCUGUCGGCGGGAUGACUGUAGAGGAGUGGAGGGAGAAUAUGAGGAGGCCUCCAGAGGAGAAAGGGGACUAAAAUUUUUUUUUUCAUUAAAAUUAUUUUUGGUUAAAUACAUGUUAAGAUAUA